ACUGGCAUCCGAGUACCCACCGGAAUCGGACACCACCGGAGAGCCGAAGGAGCGCUCGAGUGAAUGAAUGUGAGAGAAUCCGAAUUGCCAACGCUGGCUCGAAAAUGUUUUCACGAAUUUGGUUGCAGUCGAAAUUCGGGAAGUCCUUGACGGGGAAUUCGAGAAAUGUGUUGAUGAUCGAAGAGCCCGUAGGCAUUUGCAGAUCCGAUGUCGUCCGGGUUAGGAGUGAGUGAGUGAGUGAGUGAGUGAGGGAGUCGUGUCUUGUGAGUUGGAAAGAGGGGAUUGGCGUUGGCCAUGGGGAAGAAGAAGGGCAAAGGUGGGGCGUUUUGCACUGGGGAGGAAGAUAUGAAGCCUUUCAACGAGUUCAAGGCAAAGGACCUCAUUUUAACUCCCCUCGGCCUCAUUGGGACUAUCCUUGGUGUCAAAUAUGCCAAGAAAGGUGAUAAGGACUCGGGAGUGCUUUGGGUUGAGUGGAAAGAAGGGUUUCGUUCGCCCCUCGAGAAAGACCUCACCGGAUAUAAAAGAUGCACAGAAGCAGACCUUGUCUGGCGUGAUGUGGGAGAAUUUAAUAAGAAAAUGUUUACAGUGGACGAAGAUCAUUACGUAGUGCACACCAUGAAUCUGGAGUAUAGACAAGAAAUAAUCGACGAAGACAACGAAAAGAAAGCUGCAGCGGAGAAGAAAAAGAAGAAGAAGAAGAAAGCUCCUCCGGCGGCUGACGGGGCUCCACCUCCUAAAGCUUAAUAACAUCUCGUUCGACAUAGUAAGACGUACAUUACACUACUUACGACGAGCACUCAUGGCACACCUGUGGUGUAUCGAUGGUGUACUAGAAAUUGGAUUAAUUUGCAUCAUCCAGAAGGGACAAUGCCGUGGAUCAACAUCCUACAUGGAUAAAAGGGAGUACGGAAACUUAGAAAGAACCAUAAACAAUUCAUUGAGAAUCCAAUAUUCUAUAUAUUUGGGAUUUGACGAUGCUGAGUAUAGCUUGAUGUCAAAUAUCCUGACCUGGAGUUCUUCUUUACUUGGUCCGUAGAAGAUAUCUUAUCUCUUGUCUGUAGACUGGAUUAUCACCGUCUUGUUGAUUACUAUUGCACUCCCACUGAGUCGUCAGAGAUAGAAGUUCUGCAUCGAAAAACUUAACGAAGCUAUGUAUUGCAAUGUUUUGGAAUCCAAUUUACUUCCA